AUGUCACGCGGUGUGCUGUGGGUUUCUUCGCGUAUCGUGCAUCCUGAUAAACUGUCUGCCGAGAAGUUUUGUGAUUGGUACGAGAAUACGCAUGCCAAAGAGGUCCUCGUCCUUCCCGGUGUACCAUCCGCUGCUCGCUAUACGGCUCUGCAGCAAAAGCUUUCACGUCCUUACUAUAGUAACGAAGCUCCAUGGCUGACACUCUACGAAUUCCCGGACCUAUCCUACAAAGAUAGCCAAGGUUUCAAAGGCAUCAAACCACCAGGCGCAGACCUAAUCGAAGAUGUGUACAAAAAUGUCCGCUUCGACAUCCGCUUCUACGAAGAGGUACAGGUGGUCGAGGGCUCCACUUCAUCCCCACCCAAAUUCCUCAUCUCCGCCGCUCUAGACCCUCCAAAAGACGCAGCAUCCACUGAUGAUUUCGAUGCUUGGUACCGUCAAGAACACAUCCCCAUGCUCGAACGCGCACCUGGUUUUGUGCGCUCACGCCGCUUUAAACUUAGCAACGCAACUGUCAUCAACGAAUUUCAGGUUGGUGAUGUGACCGAGGAGGCGCCGCGCUUUUUGGCGUUGCAUGAAUUUAGUGGUGAGGCAUUGCCGUGGAAGGAGAUUGCGGAGAGUACAUCGACGGAGUGGGCGAAGAGAGUUUGGGGUGGUUUGGAGAAAGAAGAGGUAGGGUGGUAUGAGCUUGGUAAGGUGUACAGUGAGAGUGAAUGGGGACAUGUUGGAAAAUAA